AGACUAGUGUGCGAGCAUCCAGGUCACGUGCUUCUUAACCAAAUAAACAAAAUACAACGUUAGCCAGCAAUCGUGCAUGAAAACGAACUGAACAAGUCGUUAUAUGUCAGCCAGGGCCUGAAAAUAUCCUCGGAGCUUUCACAGAACCUGCUAGUUAUGCCAUACAAGGCAUGGCAGAGAGACAGGACAAUGAGGUGGAGGAGGCAGACCAGGUGUACCUGCUGAUGAAGGAGGAGUACCGUAUCUCACGGAAUGUACGUCUGGCCUGGUUCCUGGGCAAGCUUAACCAGGUCAUCUGGCCAGCCCCAAAGUCUGAACUGCUGAACUCUGAGAAUGAGCUGGACCUGCUCAGCAUCUUGCCGAAGGGAUGGCAGCCAGACUUUCCCCCCUCCACCAUACCCUACCUGCUGGUACCUUCCACUCGGGUCACCUUCCUGGCCCGCAGGUACCGCUUCAUCAUCGAGCUGGACCUCAGCCCCUCCACUGGGAUCGUGGAUGACAGCACGGGGGAGAUGAUAUUUGAUGAGGUAUUCCAUGCCUUGUCACGAUGCUUAGCUGGACUGGUCCGACCCUUCAAUGUUCCAGGCACAGAUCUUGUUUUCCAGCCGGAAAUCUUUGUCACUAUCCUGGCUUAUUCCUCCAUUAUUGGGCUCAAUACACACCAGGUGUUGGUGCAGGGUUGUCAGCUGAAUCGUACAGACCUGGUGCAGUUCCUACACCAGGUCUACCAGCAGCUGCGAUCAGUGGAGAACAACAUUGCAGAGGUCCUUCAACAGCAGCACAGCCAUCUUCAACAGCAGCACGACCAGUCUGAUGGGCCAAUCCCGUGCUCCGGGCUUGGCAGUGACAUCACCAUGGAGGAGGUGCCUGUGAGGAAACAUGGUGUUUCCAUGGUGACUGCAGACGUCGGGCUGGUCAGCAUGGUGCGACAGGGCAUCCUAGCUCUACAGCUGCUGCCCCCCAACUCCUCCGCAGGUAUAAUCAUCAUCACAGACGGGGUGACCAGUGUGCCUGAUGUGGCUGUGUGUGAGACCCUUCUGAACCAGCUCAGGAGUGGAACCAUCGCCUGCUCCUUCAUCCAGGUGGGUGGGGCCUACUCCUACAAUUGUAGUUUUGGGUACAUCCCUAAUGUUGAGUUGAUGAAGUUUAUCUCCCUGGCGACCUUUGGCUCCUACCUGUCCAGCUGCCCUGAGCCUGAUCUGGCCAGUCAGGAUAUGAACACCUACCACAAGGCCUUCCUCACAUACUCCUUCCUCAAGACCAGCGAAUCCAUGAACCCUGAGUACUACUGUGUGUCUCAGCACAAGUUGUUCAACGAGCACCUGGUGUCAGCCAGUGGGAACCCUGCGCUGGUGAUGAGGAGGAAGAAGCACACAGAGAAGGAAGUGCACGCCCACCUGGUCAGUGUGGUGUCGGUCAGACUGAGAGAGGGAUACACCAUCAGGGAGAUCAACCUCACUAAAGGUGGCACCCAGCUGGAGGUGAAGCUGGUGUUGCUGUGGAAACACAACAUGCGUAUAGAGUACCUGGCAGUGGCCCAGUGGCCCCUGGAUCCUGCCAAGAGGACCACCUGGGUAGAGGUCACCAUGGAGGGAAGCUACGACAUCCUCCAUGAUAUCAGCUGUACCAUGAGGAAACCCAUCACCUCAACCUACCGCACCUCUGUCAUCAGGCGAUUCUGGAACACACUGCAGAGUAUAAACCAGACAGAUCAGAUGCUGGUCCACCUGCAGUCCUUUAACUCUCUCCCAGAGAACUACACAAUCCCUGAGAGCACCAAGAACGGAGUUCCUCUCUUCUACAUCCCACCUGGAUCCACCACGCCUGUUCUCUCCCUCCAGCACAGCGGCUCUAAGGACUCCUCCCAGUCCCAGUUUGCCUUCUACUGGAAGCCCAUCCUGUCCAUGGACGCCAACUUCUGGCAGAGAUGGCUUCACAUGCACCGCAUUGCUAUCAUCCUGGAGCACGACAUGCCUGUGCCCAAGCACCUCCACACUGCUGGUAGUAACGGGCGUUUCAGCACCAUCCAGUGUCGUAUCUCCCACUCAGCCCUCACCUCUUUACUGAGGGACUGGAGCAGCUUUGUACUGGUGGAGGGAUACUCGUAUGUCAAGCUCAUAUACAGUGCCUCUGACCAGCCCCCCAACUCAUUCUAUCUGGUGCGUCUGAUCUCCAAGGCUCCCUGCAUGGUGCUGAGGCUGGGCUUCCCUAUCGGCACCCUGGCCCACACCAGGAACAAGAUAGUGGAUGAGCUGCGGGAGCAGAUCCUGAGGCUUCGCUUCCCUCACCGCGUCCAGAACAAGGAGGCUACGCCCAAGACCAAGAGGAAGAUUCUGGGGCACGCAUCCCCCUCCAAGUCUCCUCCUCUCCCUGCUCCCAAACCUGCGCUGUCUGACCGGCCAUGUGUGGUGGUCCUCAACAAACCUCUGGAGAAACUACUCAUCAGGUACGAGAAGCUCCCGUCAGACUUCCGGACCCCGUUUAUUCUGAACAUGGAGAACUUCACCCAGCCCACUAACAUGACCGUGCCCCUUAGCAUGGCAGCCAAUCGGACGGCCUCGUCCACGCUGGCGUCGCUGUCACGCUACUUCCUCCAUCAGCGCUGGGUGUGGACGGUGCAGAGCUGCCUGGGUGCUACCGUACCGCUGCAAGCUGUGGUUCAUAUACUGUCCAUGCUGUCUGAGAUUCGCCUCUCUGAGGGCUUUCAUUUUGCUGCCAGUGGAGAGGGCAUAGUCAACAUGGUGACUGAACUGCCAAUGAAGGGGAUGCCAGAGGCGGUGGACAGAGAAAGUCACACCUGUAUCGUCCAGUAUAUCCUGUUUCCACCCCACUCCACCUCUACCAAGGACAGUUUCUCCACAGACGAUGACAACGACACAGAGGUGGAGGCCAUUGAUGUGGACACAGAGCUCAACCUGGUGACAGAGUGUUGGGUAGAGCCUCAGAGUGGGACAGUAUGGAGCCCUAGAGACCAACAUAGACACUUCCAGGAGCUCACCUACCAGGAGAUUCCACAGGCGAUCUUCCCCCGGGAUCUGACCUGUAUGUCCACCAUUAUGACGUUUGAGUACCUUAGCCAGCUGUGCCAGAACAAGGAGCAGGUGUACCCUCCCAUUGGGACCGCUGCAGGAGAACUCCCUGCCUCUGAGGACUGCAUCCACACUGUUCCCUUCCAGUUUGACCUCAUCGAGCUGCUGCCCAAGUGCCAACAGAUAGAAAUAUUCUUCCUCACUCUCAGCAGAGUGGAGAACGAGGAGGUGUCCCAGAGCACCCCCUAUAUUCCCAACGAGCUCCUGCUGAGCCUGUUCCACAGCAGCUUGCAACAGGAACUCAGUGACCGGGAGAUCCCAUUGGCUGACCAGGACAACGUCACCUUCAUGCAUCACAUCCUAGACAGGGAACGAGACGGACAUGUUGCACCCUUCUCUCUACCGGUCAUCAGAGAAGAGUGCCUGAAACCUCCAGAGAGACAGGACACAAUGAUGUCCUUCCACACUACAGGGAGCAGUAAGGAGGUGACAGGAUCAACCAGUACCCUUCAGAGUUUCAGCAAUGCAGACCUGGUGGAUGAGGAGCCAGUCCCAGUGGAGAGGGAUGGGUCUACCCCUCAGUGGAAGUGUUACGCCAAGUACAUCAACCCUCAGCAGAUCCUACUGACCUUCCUCCCCGCCACCUUCACAGAUGUCCAGAUGUUGAUGUCGUCUGGGCUGGAGACCGAGCCCCAGGAUAACGGAGAUGAUGACGACACCCUGACUACCGGCAACAAAUCACAGGCUGAUUCUCACUCUGGCUCCACCAAUGGGCUGAAUGGUGGGUUGAGUAGCGGGUUGAGGUCCCCCAUGCUCUCCCCUAGUGUUGGUGGUCCUGUGGGACCCAGGUCACCCCUGCUCUCCCCUGAAUCUGGGAGCUCCACGUUGGAGCAGGACAACUGGGAUAGCCGUUUCUCUGAGCCUGAAAAUGGCACCAAAGGUGCAGGUGUGGAGGAGAGGGACGGGGUGCAGUUCGCUGAGCCCCAGAAGAGAGACUUCCACAUCACGUUCAGUCGCCAGGCGUCCCAGCAGAGCUCAGGGGAUCUGUCCCGUCCGCGCUGCCCUGUAUAUGUCUAUAACUGUUCCCUGGACUCUCUGAAGGAUCAGCUACUCAAUCCCCACUCUAACAGGCAGCCAAGGGACAUCUUCUUCAGACCUCAAGACGCUGACUCCUGGGAGAUGCAUCAGCAGAUGAAGUUCAGGUCUCUAUCUCAGGAACGCAGCAGCACCUCCUCCUGGACAGACCUGAUGUCGCAGCCUCAUAAACACAAGGAGCUGGCCAACUACUGCAGCCUGCUACAGGAGCACUACCACCAGUGUUACGUCACAGGUGUGUACCGCAGCCUGCAGCAGUCCCACAGCAUCAGUUCCCAGGACUUGCUGACAGCCAUGGACUACUGUGAGGAGUCUCUCCAGGAGAUAGACAUCACUUCCUUCCUCCAGACGCUCUGUGGACACAUCCGGGUGUUCCGAGAGCGCCAUGGAGACGGAGGGGUCAGGGGUCACAGCAUCACCCCUGCCACUUUCACCAUCGGAGAGGCAGAGGAAGAUGGGCCGGUCAAGAGAGGACCCAUGGCCUCCUCAUCCAGUAUUGAGAUGGAGGACGUGGGUGAGGCAGAGAACAGGGGGAAGGCCUCGGCCCCUAACUCCCCCCACGGCCUGGACGAACCCCCCGGGACCAUCAGGAUACCAGAGUUCCCUCUGUCCCUCCUCCGCCUUCAGCAGAAGUGCGAGGUCUACCCUGACCUGCACAAAAUCAUACAGGACAAAUUCAUGGACAUUGGUGCUCAGUUCUUCAAGACCGUGCCUUCCAAUCCUCACUACUUCUACUACUGCCCACCAUCAUCUAAGAAAGAGAUAUGUGACUCUGAUAGGGAAGAGGAGAGACGACUUAGUGAAGAGGUUGUCUCCGAGGCUGAGCCUGCUACAGAGGACGAGAACAUGUCGGGCUGUUGCAUCAUGAUUGAGAGCGACACAGACCUGGAGGUGGAGUACCAGGAGAGGGCCGGGGGCCGGAGAUCCCUAGGGGCAGACGGAGAGGGGGAAGCAGGGGGAGAGGGGGAGGAUGAGUCCCUGUCUGACUCCAACACGGUGAACCAGGAUGAGGACUCCUUCAGCAUUCUAGAGGGAGACAGCCUGUUGGAGCCAGAGGGGCCUCAGCCUGAGAUGCCUCCGCUGUUCGUCCACCUCACCUGCUCUGUUAACAUGAAGAGCUGCCACGGAUCCAUGCCCAUAACCACGCUACCCACCUGCCUGGGUGAGGUGAUCACAUGUCUGGAGAAUGCAGAGGCCCUGCAGGCUCUUGAUCUGAAUGAUCUCUCUGUCACACUGGACAUCUUUGUCCUCACCUUACCCCUAGAGAUCGAGGGCAUGCAGUCUGACUUGAGGCACAACAGGUACACGUCAGAGAGCAGUGUGUCUCUGAACCGUUCUCCAGGUCAGCCCUCCUCCUACCGCUCUGAUGAGGAGCUGAUGGGCAACUUGGACAGCCUGAGAGGAGUAGGGGUGGACGGGGUUGGAGGAGACCCUUUGGCCAAACUCCCAAUUCCCCACAAACUAGCAGUGUUGGCCACCAUGGAUGAGAUCCGUUGGCUCUUGGAGGACGAGAUUGUGUCAGCGCUGCGUCUCUCCCGGGUUAUCCGCUCGUCCACGCUACAGAAGGUGGCGGAUCACGUGUUUCGCUCAGGCGGGCGACCACGGUGCCACUGUGAGGUCGUUCCUCUGCAGUUUGUCUUCGGCCCUGAGCAGUCCCUGGAGAAGUUCAAAGAGGAGUUCCGUAGGAUGUCAUUCUCAGGUUAUCUUCUGAAUGGAGAGCAAGACAACUUCUACUACAUGUCUCUGAGUAGACUCCACCCCCAGAGGAUCCAGGCUGCUAAGAGGCUGUCUGAGAGCACUGUCAACCCUGGGGAGGCGGGAUGGAACUCUAUGAUUGGACAGAACUCACAGCCAACCAAUCACUGUCCUGAUGUGGACGACAGCGCCAGGGCUCCGUCCAAUCAUGGCACACCAGGGAGAAGACCUGACCACGAAGCAGAGGUGGCGAGGGUGGAGCCAGACAGUGAGGUUCAGGGAGAAGAGAAGAAGUCUACUGUCGGGGCUGUUAGUGAAUCUGCGAGUUACCCAGCCCAGGAGCCCAGCUACACCCCAAUCAAACCAUCCCGAGUUGACUCAGAGGAGGGCCCUAGACCCCGCUUGAGUUCAGUUGGUGCUACCUCCACUGCUGCGGGUGACAGCCCCCGGAUGAGUUUUGUUGGUGCCUCCACCAGUCGACCCCGACUGAGCUCUGUGGGCAGAGGAGGAGAGGAGAUGAGACCUCGGCUGAGCUCCGUGGGCUCCGCCUCCACCUCUACCUCUACUGCUACAGGGGACAGUGGCCAGGUCAGCACCCCUCAGCUCCAGCCCAGCACUAGCACAGACCGUUCCUCAGAAUACACCUCGCCCCCCAAGACCCCCUCCACAGUCAGCCUGGCCGAGUCGGUGCAGUCCACCACCCACAGCAGCGGGAAGCUGAGGCCCAGUCGAGUCCAGAGUGUGGUCUCCAGUCAAGGCAGCCUGGACUCUGACAUGCUGGGUUAUGACGGUGGCAGCAGUGAUUCUGAGUGUGAGAGCCCCACUGUGGAUGAGCAGGAGUCCCAGGCCCCUCUGAUGCCUGACUUCUGGCUCAUCGUUAAGAUUCACCAGGACAGAGUGGAGGUGUACUCUCAGUCUAGGAGCUUCAAUGAAGCUAAGGAGGGCAGAGUAGAGGAGAAGGAGGAGGAAGAAGAAGAGGAGGUUCCAGAGUACUUACGGCUGCAUCAGAUGGUGGUGAGGAAGAUUGGGGAGAUCUGUCGUAUAGUCAAUCAGCGUCUGCUACUCCAGGACCUCCACGACAGCCAUGUGUGUAACUCGCUCCUGGUGGCAGAGAGCGAAGAGGACAUCUGGAAGAAUGAGUCCCUGUACAGACAGAGACUGGCCAACUCCGAUGAUUACAAUGCAGAGGAGAGCUACCAGCCACGGGACUACCUAGCGGCCACAAUGCAGUUCAUCCCGGGUCACUUUGCCUGUGAGGUGGUGUGGAGCACCGUCAUCCAUAUCCACCCUCGCCUCAAGAUGGGGCCUAACAUGGGGGUGUCCAGGGCUAUCCAGGCUCUGCGGUCAGUGCUCAACGCCAUGUGUGUGGUCAACAGGAAGAGCAUGUUUGUCUAUCAGGAGCGCUCCACUAAAUCAGUCUUCUACCUCAGACUUUCUGAGACGUCCCAAACAGGGAAAUACUCUGACCUGGAUGGCAACCUGCACCCCAUGUCUCGAUGCGUCGGCCUCGCCCGGAGCCAGGAGCCGCUUUACUCUGAGGACCUCACGGGCUCCCGGUCAUCUCAGGAAGGUGCUCGGCCGUCUCAGGAAGGUGCUCGGCCAGUGGGACAGGUGGACAAACACAUCCUGUUGCUGGUGCAUGGAGUGGGAAGUGCUGGUCCAGAGAUCACAGAUGAGCUGGUGAAGGUUCUGAGGAAGCGUCUGGAUGAGACCACCCUGGACAUAAUCACCAUCAUGCUGGGCAGGAACUGCAAACUCACCCCUGCUGACGUGGAGUUUAUCCAGCCGUCAGGCUCUCCAGCCACUGAGGUGAUGGAGUUUACUCUGCCGCAGUGCUUCAUGCCCUGGACCCCUGCUGUGGCCCACUACCUCAGGCAGAACCUGCUCAUCUUCCUCCACAUCCCCAAGUACACAGACAGCUACGUAGAACACCACUUCAAGCACUACUUCCAUCAGAGCAGUGAACUACCUGACUCUGAUGUCUACCUCUACAAUAAGCCUGGGGGCCAGGGGACUGGAGGGAAAGGUACCAUGUCGGACCUCGUUCAACACCUCUUCCCACCCUCUCAGUUCCAAGGUAUCGCCUGUAUCGCCCUGUCGUUCGUUGAUGCUCAAGGCUGCCCCUUGCAGGUUCCAGCCCAGUACUGCACCACACCACCCAGAGGGGAUGCAUCCACCAUCCUCCUACAGCCAGACCAGUUUGACACCCUGACAACUGUCAUCAAGGUGGACUCCAACAACCUCAGCUCAGGGUCAGAGAUGAGGGUGCGUUUUGACAUCUGGGAGCAAGGUAACGUCUCCCCCCUCCAGCUGACUGACAAGCUGCGAGGGGCCCUGCGCCACGCCCUCUGUGACGUCAUCAUGGAACUCCGGGUCCUGCCGAAUCCCCUGUGUCUGGAGACGUUCUGCACUACACCGGGGAGAGGGCAGAGAGAGGACUCCACUAACGGUCUUAUAAGUCCUCCUCCAAUGGAAGCAAAGGAAGGGAAUGACCUGGAGGUUAGGGAAGUGAAGGAAUUUAAGGACAGCUUCCGGCCUCGUAGUGGCUCUAGGAGGGUUAAGAACAGCCCCUCCCCUAUCACCCUGAUUCCUGCCCCCCUUGGGACCACCCCCAACACCGGACCAAGCACCCCUGAGUCCACUACACCCACCGGCAAGACCACCCGCCGAAGCUUCUGGGAAAUACUGAGCAAGCCAGACUCCUCUGAGCUGGGGAGCCCGAAGACGACAGACGACAUCGUGCAGGAGAAGGGGGAGGAGGGUCGGACACGCAGGAGACACAAGACGGAGAACGUGAAGCAGCAGUGGAGCCAGGAGAAGGCCAUGGCUGUAGAACUGGAGCAGGCCCAGAGGAGACAUGUGUCCCAGCUAGAGGAGGGUGACAUUGGGACCCUGCACCCUCUAUACCAGGUCACCUGUCAGCCCUGGAUCACCUUCAUGGCUAAACUUGGAUGCCCGUCGAUUCAGCAGUGCACAGCUGAGAUUGCCUCCCAGUUUCUGCUCCCGCCCAUCCUUACAGAGAUUGUCAAUCUGGUCAGCUCCCUGGCCAGUGACACCGCAGUCAAGGUGUUUGAGAGGACAAGUUGUCCCCAAGGAGACAUGUUUGCUCCCCUGCCUUUGAUCCACCACCUCAGCCAACCGCCUACCACCUCUAGAACCUUCAUCCUCAUUGGACGGAACUUCCACCAAUGGCAUUGCAGCACAGAGCAAGAAGACAGUUCAGAUGAUGAAAACAUCCCUGAGAUUAGUAGGUUCACACCUCAUAAGGGUUUCCAGCGCUUCGAGGCCUUGGAGCAGUCUGAUUGUUUCAGCCCAGGGCAGGCCUCGAGGGGCGUGGCCCCAAGACAGAGGUUCCUCCUCAUACACAUCCUGGAUAAGAAGGUGACCCUGUACACCUAUAACUGGUCGGUGGACCUUGGUGUGUCUCUGAACCGGGGACUGGUCAGGCUGGUCCAGUGGCAGAAUGCCAGGUCCCACGUUGUCCACUGUCUCCUCAACCAGAAGAUGGGCCUCUUCCACCACUACUGCUUCUCAGACACACCGGCCCACGCAGACCUCAAACAGGAGCCCAACCCGUUCCUGAACCCAACCUUGGAGGCUGAUGCCCUGCUGAGGAGCCCAGUGCCCCCCGUACCCAGCAAGGACCAGGGCAAGCUGGCUAGCUCCGUCCGCUCCCUGGCGCCCCUCCACUUCCCCUCAGAACUGGUGCCCUUUGACGAAGCCCUCCGGGACAUCGGGAUGGGCCGCCCCCUGGCCAGCGCUCAGGACGGGGCCGACGUGGUGGCUCGGCACGGGGCCCAGCUACUAGAGGUCAAGGCUGCAGAGAGGAGAGAGAUGGAGAAGCAGAUGAAGAUUGAGAACCUGUUUGUGACUUGGCAGCAGAGGUCAGCUCAGUCCAACAUGCCCAUCUCUGUGGUGGACUUGGACACUCUGAAGCAGUCGUCCAGGCUAGUGCACUACUGCGCCACCCCUCUGCUCUUUGACCCCGUGUUCAGGAAGCAGAUCCAAGAAGAGCAGAUUGUCCAACCUCAACAGGUCAAGAAGCGCCACUGCUCCAGUGACUCCACGGCGUCUGGCAGGGACCGUAGCUACAGUACUGACUCAGCUGAUAUGCUGCCUAGCCGGCUGAGAGAGGAGCCCUGGUUGCAGGACAUCUCUAACACCUUCCUCCAGCAGUAUGUCCAGUACCUUCAGAGUAUGGGCUUCAUCCUGGUCCAGGUCCGGCCACAGUCCCCUGCACGCAGCAUCGCCAGGGCCCGGGCAGCCAUGCUCAGCUCACUCUCGUCAGAGAGGCAGUCCUUCUCCUAUAACAAGGCCAGGAGUGAGGACAGCCCAAAGAGCACGGGGUCAGGCACCACCGCGUACCACCUCCAGAGGGCGCUCCCAGGGGGCAUCGUACUGAUGGAGCUGGCCUUCCAGGGUUGCUACUUCUGUGUGAAGCAGUAUGCUCUGGAGUGUUCCCGCAUCCCCAUGGGACAGACCGUCAACUCUCAGCUCUCCAUGCUGUUCACAGAGGAGUGUGAUAAGGUGCGUGACCUGAUGCACGUGCACUCGUUCAGCUAUGACUUCCACCUGCGGGUGGUGCACCAGUACCUGGUGGGCUGUCACAUGACCCUGCGGCAGGGAUACCAGCUGACCGGCUUCCUGGAGGACUUCAUUGCUCAUCACCCUGACAUCCCCAAGUUCGGACGCAAUCACGUCUUCCAGGGGAGUUUCUCUAUCUCUACGGGGAUGAUCACAGCCCACCAGCUGUAUAACUACAUCACUGACCACGCUGGCACCUAUGGCAUGAAGCCCCUUCGCAUGUCCAAGGUUGCAAUGACCAGCGAAGGCAAGAAGGGAGCGCCACCCAGCUCCGACCUGCAUGAGUACGCUCUGGUGGCGCUUUGGAACAGCUCGGGCUCUUACAAGGACCUGGAAGGCCUGCGUCACCAUGACGAUUUUGACGUGUCCCUGCUGGUGUGUCACAAUGCCGCACCAUUUGAGGAGCAGUCGGAGGGAGAGAGACAUCUGCUGAGGCUGCGUUACUACGUGAUCAUGACCAGUCAGCGAGAGCUGUUCCCCCGGCUGACUGCUGACAUGCGGCGCUUCAAAAAGCUUCCCCAGAUACACCGAGAGGCCCGCGACCUGGGAGAAAAGGUUCCCCCUGAGAGAGGGACAGAACUGGGCGGCGCACGGGACCCUGAACCGGACCUCUGGGAGGAGACCCCACCUGCAACCUCAGCCCCAGACACCAUCUCUACCCCCAGCGACGGGAACGAGUUUUACCCCCUGACUGGCCGCCGGAGGUCUGGGUCUGGGGCCCAGGGACUCCUCUACCCCUCUCCUCUGUUCCCUCUACUCAAUCAGGAGGUGGGCUGUGCACGGAGGCAGAUCCAGGCGAGCGUGGAGCAGGCCAUGGGCCACUGUCGCAGGGAUAAUCUGUGGAGGAGGCUGUUCCAUGGUGAACACCAUCACCUGGCCAUGGACAAGCUCAAGCUGAGCAAACUGUCCUUCAGCGAAUUGGAGGAGCUCCUCAACGCCGUGCAGAGUCGAUCUGUCGAGGAGAUCGACCCACAGUUGGACUGUUUCCUAACCAUGAGUCCCAGCUGGUACCAGAGUCUGAUCAAAGUGCUGCUGACUCGAUUCCCUCAGAGCUGCCGACACUUUGAUGACAGUGGCAUUCAGUAUCUGGCUGUCCUAAACCAGAAAUUCACUGACUGCUUUGUUCUGGUUUUCCUUGACACUAAGGCAGGAAAAACGAGCCUCAAGGUUGUGUUUAGGGAGCCGUUGCCAUCCCAACCGCAGCCUAGCAACAGCCCCCCACCCCAGCUGGUGUCCAUGUACCAUCAUCUGGAGUCUGUGAUCAACACAGCCUGCUACAACCUUUGGACCGGUUUGCUCUAGGGCUGGAGGGCCAAUCAGGACCAGGCGUGCCUCAGAGAAACGGAGCUGCUGGGAGGUGUAGUUCCAGAAAGGCGGCUUCCUUUAUAGGCCGCCUUGGCUUGUGGGACACCAAUAAAGGAUGUUAUCAUUGAAAAGUGCUGAACCAGCGAAUCAGAGAGAUAGUUUGCAAGUCAAAGCUUCCUGUACAAUUAAUCAGUCGUUUACUAAUUCUACCCCUGGGGGAAAAUAUAUUCGGAGGAACUAUACACACUAUUGCACACAAAGGUUCUUCUUUAUCAGACAGUGUAUGUGCCCUAUAGUGACUGAAAAUAAAUGUUUACUUUCCUCUCAACACGAAAUGUAAGUUGAACCAGAGACCGGCUUUGGCUGAACAGUUGUGGGUGUUGACAUGCCCUCUGCAGUGGACAUUGGGCCUCACAGACAGAGGUCAUUUUAUAAACGCUUUGCUUUGAGGCUCAGGUGAACACUACCUCACAAUGACAGAAUCCGAUUGAAGAAGGUUUAGCUUUUUGCACUGAACAGUGCACCAGAUCAAAGCAGGGAAGUUAUGCAAUUUGCCCCCAUUUCAAUGCCAACUUUCUGGGCCCAUUCCUCAUUGACUUGGAGGUCAGUGGUGGUAGGGUAGAAUGAAAGGGGGGUGAGACUUUCAGUCUAGUUUGAUCUAAAGCCGAACUUCUGUAUGUAACCAACUGAAUUGGACUGUAAACAAGUCACUAUUGUGCAACCAAGUGUUGGGAAAUUAGAUUAUAUUCUCCAACUCGUAACCCAUUUAUCAUUGUAGGUGUUCAAAUCCUAUGAACACGAAUAUAUGAAGUUAUUUCUCUCGGAUACUGUGCCUUGCGAAGGUACAGGACGAGAUGCUCAAGAUCGCCACUGCACACAAUCCAGUGAAUGCACAGUCUUGAGUCUUCUGCGGAGGUUAAAGAUUGCUGCCAUUUCAGUCUGAAAUUUUGGGUAAUAGAUUUUUUUUCCCCUCUUCCCAUUGUAUCCUACCUGUCAAAUCUGCUACCCAAUUUGCCCUACUGCCAUAUUUUCAUCCUAGAAGUGCCUUAGUUUUUUGUUUUAUUUCUUAACAAUGCUAGCAGAGCAGUUUUAUUGUUAUUGCAUCAAUCGUGCAAGUGGAAUUUCUGGGAAAUGCAAUUGGACUGCUAACUAGCUACAUUCGGACAGGCUUGAGGGUAUAGCUGGUCUCUGUUUACAAAGAUAUGGAGUGUUGGGUGGACAUACUGUAGGAGCCAACUUGUGUACAACAUUGUAAUAUCACACACACACCACACACCCACACAUCAGUUCAGAGAUGUCAUUGCAAUACCUUAUGACUUCAAGAUGGCCUUAACGUUUGUACACGUUUCAAUGGAAGGAAACCAAAUGUUUCAAGAUUGUUUAAAGUUCCUUAUUAAAAAGGAAUGAAUGAAAUUGGAAUGUUAAUAAUAAUAAUGGAUUUCCGAGUAAGGUGAAUUGUGUCUUUAGAGAUGUUUUGAAGGUAAGAACACUGGAUUUUGAAUAAUUCAAGAUGAUGUUAACAGUGAGGCCAGCUAUAGCAACAGUAUAUGCAUUCUGAAACUACUAUAAUCUGAACCUUGUAUAUGUACAUUAUGUAUAUACAGAUGGAUUUGUAUGAUAUGCUACAAUAAACCUUAUGGUAUAUUCAA